UGCGGGGUCCCUGGGCUAGGGCCGAUGGGCGGGGCUGCGUGACGUGUCGGCCUUGGGCGCCCCGGCGGCCUCGCUGCUCCCGCUCUGGAGCGGGGCCGGGUUCGUUCGUGUAGGGGGCAGCGGCCCCGUCCUAGUGGCCGCCCUGUCUCCCCCCCCCCCUCCCCGGACCUCUCUCGGGGCUCGGCUGGGCGGACCCGGCGAUCCCACCGAGCUGGGCCGCAAGCGCCUUGUAGCCCGUUCUGACACCGGGCCGUUCCCCCCGCCUGGCCCGGGGACCGGCCCGUCGGAGUCGGUGGGGCUCCCAGCGCGACCUGAAAGCCCAGGGGCGGAGGCCCUCGUCUGGCGGAGCUGUCGUGUUGUCAGUUGGGAUUUAUUGGGGCACCUCGUUCACAACGCCUCCGUACAGAAUAAAGUCUAGUCCUCGGGCGGCUCAGUGAGAGCGUCCUGUUCUUCGCCAGCAAACAAACGGGGGGGGCUUUUAUGAAUUCAGUAAAAGUAACCACAUUUCACAGAACUUCCGAGUAGCUUUUCCAUUACCAAUAUUUCCCAUUUCUUUAAAAAGGAAAUCAUUGAUAAAUUAUUGGAAGAGAGAGGCCCUCCAAUUGCAUCUAAAACAAUGGACUGUUCUUUAUUUUUCAAAUAUUGCUGAUUUUAAAACAAGAUCGAGGACUAAGAUCAGUGGGUCUCAAGUGAGUUCAGUAUAUUUAGGGGUCUAGCAUUUGAUGUUCUGGUUUCUCAGCUACCUUGGGGCUUGAAGCUGUUCUCACUGUGGUCAAUGGCGAUAGAAGUAAACCCUUAGUGUGUGGAGAAGUCUGAGCAGGAGUUUGUCUUGAAGCGAUGCUCUCUUCUAUUUCUAAGACUGCUCUGUAAAUGGCUCUACUGCUGAAUCUCAUAAGGCAACUGCUAGAAUACUUUGGUGUACCAGCUGAUCAGUUCAUACCAAGGUGGGAAGCUCAUAUAGACAAUAGCAGCAUUGGCCGUAUGAUUGAAACAUGUCUUUUUUCAACCCCCUUCUCAAGAAGGCACUUUCAGCAGAUUAUAUCAGUUUGGCAAAGUAAGGAAUAUGGAUCUACGCGAAGCAUUGUUCGUAGACUUGGGACAGUUCUUUCUUUAGAACCUUGUCCAAGACCUCACUUUCAGAUGGUCCAAGACCUGAAUUCUUUGGAUUAUGACGAACGAAGUACAACUCCAAAUCCUGUAGUUCCAUCUCUUGGUGAUAUUCUGAGGGUGGUAAAUGAUGAGGGAGAAUCUUUUGCUAGAUUUAGGGCUGAAUCAAGGGGAAAGGAAAUAAUUACAGUUGACCAUGAUGUAUCUCCAGCUAUAGUUUCCUUGCCAACUGCUCUAAAAAAUAGAGCAGAGAAAGAAAAUCUUGUGAAUGAAGAAGCAAUUAAAAAAAUUUCUGCACUUGAAAAUGAGUUAACCCUUCUUCGUGCCCAGAUUGCUGCUAUUGUUGCAGUGCAAGGUUCAAGAAAUAGUAAUCAAUCAGGUUCAGAUGUCUUGAAUUCAUUUGGCAUUCCAAGUGGUUCUUUCCCAGUGCCAGCAAUGACUUCUACUCCAUUGUCCACCGCACCAGAUCACUUUGUAAUUCCUCCACCUCCCCCACUUCCCUCCAUAGCACCAUCUGGCUUUGAAGCCAGUAAUUCAGCAAUUGAACUUAUUAAACAACGUCGUGCUGCAAGUAAGACCAGCUCAACAACUGUUGACAAAACUGAACACCAGAAGACCCAGGGUGUUCUUAGUAUGAUGGAUGUUUUGAAGGAUAUAAACAAAAUCCGACUGCGAACUAUUGAGAAGUCACCUGGCGGUACACCUCUUCCUAAGACAAGAAAAAGGCGGAGUUCACAGUGGGAUCCAGCAGCUCUAAUAGCUCAGGCUCUAAAGCAGAAAUUUGCACAUCAAAAUGGCAAUGAUUCAUUGGACAAAGAAAACAGAUCUUGUAACACCUCCCCGUUUUCCAGUCCAGAAGCCCCUCUGGUUGGACGUCACAUUUUGAAGCCAAAUUCAAAGAACAACCUCAUAAAAGCUGAGGAAGUAACACAGGUAUCAACAGCAAAAGCAAGGGUACAUAUUUAACUGGUGGCGCUGUGUGGAAAAACCCAACAACUGGCAUGCUUAUGAGUGGCAGGACCAUUUCAGGAACAAUUUCAUAAAAUGUGUACACUGGGAUGUGUACACUCCCAUGCUGCAGGAGCUAUGGUUUAUAAAACUACCUCUUUUGAUUUGAGUGUCCCAACAGCCAAGCUUGUCAGUGUGUUGUCUGCUUAUAAAAAAAAUACUUUAAUGGCAUUUAUUACUUUAUAGCUGCAGACCAGAAUGUUUGAAGAUAACUUUUUAGAUACUCUGAAUGGGAAGCAGAUCAUAUAAAAAAGACUGGAUGUUUCUCAGUGUGGAGGCUGAAGUAUACAUGGGAGUGUGGAAACAAAAUAUUAAUAGCUCAGGAAAUUAAGUUUUAAGUGAAGCAGGUAUGUUACUAUGUAAUCAAUAUUAAUAUUGUCCCUCAUCAAGAGGGUAGCAGGUCUCCCUGAGCUUCAUCAUAGCUUCCUAAAGCAACUCAGCAUUCCAUGUGCAAACAAUCUCUUAACUUAUUCUGGAUCAGCAGAGAAGUCCUGCUUACUAUGAGUGAUGGUACUUGCCUUGUUUUAAUUAAGUCAGAUAUGAACUGUGUUAACUGCCUGCAAUGACAAAAAGUAGUUGUUGUUCUGUAGCAAAAAAGGCUCUGGAGAGACUUCUGCUUGCACAAGCUUAGUAUAAAUUCAUUAUGUAAAUAAACAUUCAUUGACUAUGGUGUUUUUCCCUUUUUUGCUUCCGUAUUUUAGGUCAACAUUUUGUUGUUUUGUACAUAGUUUAUAAAAUAAAUUUCCCUUUUAUGUCACUGAA